AUGUGCUUACCAAUUGGAAUUUUGAAAUGUGUCGUUUCCUUAGAGGCUUGGAUUGUUAUGAUUUGUGGAAUAGCAGCCUUUAUUUUCACAAUGCUCAUGCAAAUACACUAUAGCUUAAUGCUUCAAGCGAACGAAGGAGAAUCUGUACACAGAUAAUUUUAUUUUAUUAUAGUGGAUGCUUUUUGGAUAAGGAAUGCUAACUGCUUUUUGGUUGUUUUCAUCGUAUAUAAUAAUAAAUGGAGUAUGUGGAAUUGUUGGUGGUUAACAAAAAAAACCAUGUUUAUUGUUGGUGUUUAAUGUUGGGAAUGUCAUAAUUAUAAUUGCAUUCGUUAUACUAAUGGCUAUUGGCUUUGUUUUGGCAGAUGAAGCCAAUAAACUUAUAGAUAAAGAUUACUAAUAAAAUGAGAAUACUUGUCUCGAACAUAGAUUUUAAUUAAAUACCUUAGAUUGGGAAAGCAAAGACCUCCUAUGCUCUAUAGAAUGCCCGUGUUAUUACACUAAAGAGAAUGGAGAAUUGCCCAAAAAUAAAACUAAAUGGGGAGAUGAUAAAGAUUCCUCAAAAGUAUUGAAUAGAAAUAUAAAUAUAGCCUACCAAGGUACAGGAUUGUGAACUGUAUUAAAAAACCCAAAAUACCACAGUCAAAUAUUUUUCAAAUUACCUAGGAGAAAUCUAAAAAGAAACUGGGUGCACAGGAUGGUGUGUGCCAUAUUAAAUGCAAAUAUUCUAUGAUAUCAAUGUAAAAGUUGAAAAUGACUAGUAAAGAAUAUAUAUAUAAAUUAGAAUGUAUUGUCAAUAUAUUGUAAUUUCAAAAUUAACACAAAUGGGAAGAGUGAUGGGAGGCAUAGCAGCUGGAGUAACUGCAGUAAUGGUGGUUUUAAUUACUCUUACAUGUUGUCUAUGUUUCCAUCCAACGAGUAAAGGUUAGGAUUUCUACAGCAAAAUGGCGCAUUAUGAAUAAUGA